AUGAUCUCGCCAGAGCUCAAGGGCAUUGAGGUGACGGUCCUUGUCUCUGACCAGCCUGCCACAGAAUACCGUGACGAAGAUGCAGAGAAGGAGCUUACCAAAGAGAAAUUUGACCCUCUCGGUGACAAAGUCCACAUCAUCAGGUACAUCGAGGCCAAGCCAGGCGAGCCAUUUGCCGUACGUGUAGUGCGUACACCUGAAUUUGUCAGGAAGAGCCAUCAUAUCGCUUGCGCCGUACAGGUUGACAAGAAAGUCUGCAAGACAGGACAGGAGGUCCAUUUCGGCAAAGCCCCGAAGGAUAGUUGGGAUAAGGUCUAUCGGGAUCAUCAUAUUCGCACAUCGCCCACACAUCGGGUCAAGCAAACCUGGCACUUUGCUGCUUUGGAACUCGACGCCGAUGAGAGUCAGCUCCUAUCAGCUGAGGAGAUUAAAAAGCACUCGGAGGAUGUGAAGUGCCUCGCAAGCAUCAAAAUAAGGCUGUAUCACAUGAAAGAAACCCUAGAGAAAAAGAUGGAAGAAUUUCAACCUGGUGUUGUCCGUGAGGAGUAUAACAACAUCCCAGAGAAAGCCCUCAAGGGCAAGGCUUUGGGACUCACAGCGAGGUAUGUGGUUAAGCAAAUGGAUUAUCUGAGACCGAGUCAAUACAGCUACAAAAACACAACCAAGGAGGAUUUGGGACCCGUUCCCAGAGCAGUCCUUAGGUAUAACGAUCGCUAUGAGCGACCCUUUGCCGUGUUCGAAUUUCGCUACAGGACCAGAGAGAAUUUAUACCAAGAGGGAAUUCUGGAGCGACCUGUCGAAAAUGAAGACGAAAAGACCAUCGCCAGGGGAACAAAGCGAGAGCUUGAUAAUCAGGACGAUUUAGCAGAGAGGCCAAAGCGGGCGUACAAGGAGCGCCGCCUGCGUAGUGGUCGCUUUGAAGUAGACUUGACACUGUCCGACUUGGACUAG